UACAGUCCUGGCACCAUGGGUUGCGAUGGUGGGCUUCUCUCUGGUGGUGAGAAAGAAACCAUGCAGAACCUUAAUGACCGUCUGGCCUCCUACCUGGCUAAAGUACGUGCUCUGGAAGAGGCAAACAGUGCCCUUGAACAAAAAAUCAAAAACUGGUAUGAAAAAUCUGGAGCACACAAUGAUGAAGGACCCCGUGACUACAGCAAAUAUUAUACAGCGAUCGAUGAGCUUCGAAAUAAGAUCCUUUCAGCAAGCGUUACCAAUGCUAGCAUUAUCCUACAGAUAGACAAUGCCAGGCUGGCGGCAGACGACUUCAGAAUGAAAUAUGAAAAUGAGAUGUUCCUCCGUCAGAGUGCCGAAGCAGACAUCAAUGGGCUACGUAAAGUACUCGAUGAGCUGACUUUGACCAAAAGUGACCUGGAAAUGCAGAUUGAAAGUAUAACUGAAGAGCUGGCCUUUCUCAAGAAGAACCAUGAAGAGGAAAUAAAAGGUUUGCAAGGCACAGCGUCUGGUGAUGUCAAUGUUGAAAUGAACGCCAUCCCAGGAACUGAUCUAACCACACUUUUGAACAAGAUGAGAGCCGAGUACGAGUCUCUGGCAGAGCAAAAUCGUAAAGAUGCCGAAAGCUGGUUCAAUGAAAAGAGCAAAGAAUUAAACACGAAGAUCAAUGUGAGUGCUAAGGAGACCAGCACCAACAAGACUGAGAUCACAGACCUGAGACGCACCCUUCAAGCUCUGGAGAUAGACCUGAAAUCUCAACUUGCUUUGAGGCAAUCACUUGAAGCCACUUUGGCAGAAUCAGAAGGUCGCUAUUGUGUCCAGCUCCUGCAAAUGCAAGGGCUGAUCAGCAAUGUGGAGACCCAAGUGCACCAGAUAAGAGAGGACAUGGAAUGCCAAAAUGCAGACUACAGACAACUUCUGGACAUUAAGAUCCGCCUGGAGAAUGAGAUCGAGACCUAUCGGCAUUUGAUUGAUGGAGAAGCAAGUGAAUCUGGAUAUGGUGGUAGCAGAGAUCCAGGAUCAAGAAAUCUGGGAUCUGGAACCAGCUCAGGAUUAAGAAUCUCAGCAUCUAAUGCUAGAGGCACCACUGGAUCUGACGCAGAAUCGGGUUCUAGAGGAAGUGUAAUUACACAUUCUGACACAAAGCCCAGAGACAAAGAUCCAAAGAGAACGAGAGUCGUUAAAACAAUCAUUGAGGAAUUAGAUGAACAUGGCCGAGUAAUAUCUUCCAAGGUUCAGUCUGUUGAAGAAAACCCAGCUAUAUAA